UGGGUGCAUACAUUCAAACAGGAAAGAAAUAGAACCUUUAGUAAAGAAAAAAAUAAAACACCCCACAGACCAAAGCCACCAUUUUGUAUUCCCCUCCAAAGGGAUUGAAAUUUUGCAGCCAACAAGGGGUUGAGACACCAUGAGCCACCGCAUCAACAGGUAUCCCCAACCAGCACGCCCCCAAAGACUUCCACUUCCCCCGCCAAGCCCGGUGCGACAUUGGGCCCUUACCGACGACCGGUGGGACUACUUUUUAGACGAUCUGGAGCUUAUGCAGCCCCUUGGCUUCACUGGGACUAGAGAAGCAAACUCAAUAUCCAGGCUGGUCCCCCCUUCACCACCCAUUCAUACCUUUAUGGAUCCAUGGCCAGUGCUUGUCCCGGAACGGGAAGAAUCGCGAUUGACCCAGGAUGAGCAAAAGAAGGCCUUGAAGAAUCUGAAGAAAGAAAUCUACAACCCAAUGCCAAAGAAGAUUUCAAGGAGAUUGAACCUGUAUUACAGAGAGGAUUCCAGACAUAAUUUCAUAGAGAAGGAAAAGGAGAGAGAUGACGAUGGUAAGAGGUGUGCCAUUUGCUUAGAAGAUUUUGAGCCCAGAGAGGAAGUGACUCUAACCCCAUGCAACCAUAUGUUCCAUGAGGACUGCAUCGUGCCAUGGGUAAAGAACCAUGGAAAGUGCCCAGUUUGUAGGUCUGCAAUAUAUGAGCGAGGAGGAGAAUCUGCAUUGUCCAUAAACAACAAUAAUCCUGCAGACAUGAAUGCUACUAAUUUUUUGAUAAUGAGCUUUCGUCGUUUGUAAAGGCCCAGGCCGAAGCUUUUGAAUGGACUAAUGUAAUUCACUUGUAGGGUAGUACAGGAGAGCGAUGCUUUAACUUAUCAUGAGCAAUGUUACUGCAAUAUAUGUUUAAAUUUUAAACACUUUUCCUCUUUUAUAAAA